CGGGCAGAACGGCUCCUACAGGAUUAGGGGGGCAAUGUCCAUUAUCGACUCCGCUGCAAGAUUUGCCUUCCAUUUUUGGUGAGCUCCGCGUACAUAUGCAUUAGGAAGUACUCACUACACGCGACGUUGACUAUCAUAUACGAGACAAGAGCGGGGUAGUCGGACCAACCCAGUUCUGAGGUCAAGCACAGACCUGCACAUCCGGCGUCCUGUGUCGGUACCUACAUACUCUAUUACCUACAUACCUACUGUAUGUAUGUGCUCCGCACAGACAACGAUCGGCCCUGAAAUUCUUGCAGCAUCCUAAGUUCUGCCUUUUGCAGCCGUCGUGAUUGGUGAAUCCAGUCGUGGCAUGGCAUCUGGGGCGACUUUGCAAGGGCGAGCCCAAGAUUGCAAGCACGAUGAAAGUGCUUGGCAGAGGACAACCAGCCAAGGAAAAGGAUGCAUGCUCCGGAAGAGCCGCAUCCUAAUGGAGAAGGUUACCCAGUUACCUAUACCCCCCACGGCAAAGAAAGACCGGAUAAUCAGCGAAUAAAUCAAAGUGAUGAAUUGAAAGGACGUUCUGUGGAGACUGGAAUGUAUACUGGCCAUACUACGAGUUCGGCCCCGCCACAGGACGUUGGCCUGAGCCGCUGGCCAUUGCCAGUUCCAGGAUGAUGGGCGUGAAAGAAGAUUUCUUAUGGUGGACCAGCGCAAAGCUUUGCCAAUUAGAAACAAUACCUUAUGCCCCAUGCCAACCUUUUGC